AUGGGGGCAUCCGUGGCUCGCGCGAUCAGGAACUUCAAUCUAGAGAACCGUGCGGAACGGGAAAUCAGCAAGAUGAAGCCCUCUCUCGCUCCCAAGCACCCCUCCACCCAGAACCUACUUCGAGAGGAAAUGAGCCGCCAUCCAGAAAUUAAGGGGAAAAUUGCUAGAAAAGAUGACAAGCUGCUGUCAUUAUUAAAAAGUGUUUAUGUUGAUUCCAAAGAUCCUGUGCCUUCUAUGCAGGACGAAAAGGAACUGCUUGGGAGCAGUGGAAAGCGGUGUGCAUUUGAUGACAUUAAAGCCACCUUUGAUGUUUGA